AUUAGCACAAGGCAUAGCAUCAAAGUAACUCACAAAACAAAAACACUGCGAAGCAGGAUGUGGAUCUGGAGUAAGAGCUCACAAUCUCUGCUAAUGGAGGAGAAAACAGAAAGAGGGGAGGUCCCAAACAAAGUCACUGCAUGACAGGGCCACAGUCAAAAUCACCAACUAGCAAAGAAAAACUACGCUGAGCAACAGACUGAUCAAACAACAACCUGGUGAUGAGUCCUCACAGAGAAUAGGAGGCAGAUGUAAGUGGUAGACGGAGGACGUGAUGUCAGACAAGAAGACGGAACAAACAGCGCCAUUGAUUGGCUUCAGUUAAAUGAGCUGGCUUUUAGUUGUGUCAGGUCUUAUCCUUGUGAUAACUUUGGUUGUGAAUUGGUGCUUAAUAAAUAAAUUCGAAACGACAUAAUGCCACUAUCAAGAAUGCAUUGCAAAGCAGUAUUUCCAUACGUAUUUCCAUGUUCCCUUGUUUCUGGGUCACGUGUGACUGGUUGUCAGUGGGGAGCAGUGAGCUCACACACGAGGACAGAUAAGCGUCACAAGAGAAAAAUGUAACACUUGGACUUCAUAGAUUCAUGAGUUUGCUUCUGUGGUUUAUUUAUCAUUUGUGCUUCCUUAAAAUGUCGUCCGUGAACCAAUCUGAGCAGCAGGAGCAGGGAGCCGUGGAGAGGCUGCUGUUCUCCACAGCCACUGGCAUUCCCUGCUGCAUCUUUCUCCUCAUCAACGGGACCAUGCUGUUCACCUUGAGGAGCAAAGCUGUGUUCCGUGACACCUCCCGCUACGUCCUGCUGUAUAACCUGCUUUUGGCAGACACUGCUCAGAUGGCCUGUAGCCAGCUCAUGUACGUCCUGGCUGCCUGUGGAGCAACGCUGACGUAUCCUGAGUGCGGCGUCCUGAAUCUGCUGGGGAAGCUCACCAGCGACAUUUCGCCCCUCACUCUGCUGGUGAUGUCUGUAGAGAGGUACGUGGCUGUUUGCUUCCCUCUGAGACACGCGUCCAUCAUCACCAGCAGAAGCACCGGAGCAGCUAUUGGUGGCGUUUGGGCCGUUGGUUUAUUGAAUGUACUCACUAGAGGUCUUCUGAUGUUCAGAUUUGCAUCUCAACACCUUCCCAGCCUGCAGAUGUCAGAGGUUUGCUCUGAAGUAGCCUUAUUGGUUGAGCCAGUAACAAACACUUACAACAAUGUCUACACGUACUUGGUCUUCGUAUCAGCUACCGCGGCUAUAACCUGGUCCUAUGUGGGUGUGAUGGUCGCAGCCAGAUCGGCCUCAGCAGACAAAGCCUCAGCCCACAAGGCUCGAGUGACACUGCUGUUGCACCUGGUGCAGCUGGGCUUCACUCUCUCCUCCACCAUAAACAUCUUAAUUAUCCGGUUACUCUCUGUGAGUUUUCAGAGGUUAGUAAUUGUACGAAUCAGAAGUGUUCUGUACAUGUUGAAUUAUAUGCUUCCUAGGUGUCUGAUAUCUCUCAUAUAUGGACUCAGGGAUCAGACAAUCAGGCCUGUCUUGAUCUACCAUUUGUGCUGUAAGAUUAAACUCUAUGAGUCUCAGGUUAAGGUGUUAGGCUGGAUUAGAAACAAAUGACUCUGGCUUCAUGGUCAGUUGGUUUAUUUAGUGCAAUGUCAGGGAUCCAAAAAGAAUUGUCACAUCAUUAAGGACAGAGAAGAUACUGGAUUCAACAAACUGGUUUGUAAAAGCAGGUGGCAUGAGACCAUAAUAAUACAUGAGGCUACAGUGGCACUAAGCUAAAGGACUUGUGCGUAUUUCCACACAAAUUGUCAAUAAAAUCUAAAUAUUAAACCAACUAGUGUCAUUAUUCCCUUUUAAGCAGCACAGUCAAAAAUCACACAUCACAUCACACAAUUAUAUGUGCAACUGUUUUUUCUGUGAUGGGAUCCCUGCUCAGCUUGAGUAACUAUGGACAUUUACAGGGCCACCUUUACAGCAGACUCUCUUUUGCCACACAAUAUUUAAUGGUUAAUUAGAGGCAAAUACAACUUUAACUUUUGCCUUAGUACAGUAGUAUUUAAACUUUCAACCAUCCACCAACAUUUCACUUCAGGCAAAUACAAUGUUGUAAUAACCUUUAAAACGGACACAAAAAUCUUAUUUUUCCACACACAGUUUAUUGCAGAUUAUUCACCAUCUUGGUUUAACCACACUUAAUUUUACAGAUUGAUACAAAGCACAUGUUCAUAGGAUUAACUGUCACACUGACGUUUCUGCCAAAGGGCAGAGGCAGAAAAUACAGCAAACGGCAGGAUGACGUGAGCUCCUGCAGCGGAACUCAACUCGCUCCUGGCUUCACACUCAUUACGAUAAUCUGGUUCAGCGCUGAGAUGACAUGCACAAGAUUUAAAGUCUGUUUGGUCAAAUUCAGAAAUUACAAGAAUGAAAAUUUCAUCCAACAACAACAAACUUCACAACAAACAAAAAUAAAAUAAAUAACCCAGGCAACGCCCCACCCCUCCGGGCGAUAUGAACAGGAAGUAACUGCAGCAGCCGGGGUUGGGGGUCAGAGGUCAGUUCUAUGUGACCAUGUACUCCUGACGUUUGUUCAGUCGGACCUGACAGAG